AUGGCUCCUUCAUGCCUUUCCAGACUCCUCCUCAUCCUUCUAGUGGGAGCCACCCACGUCGUGGCUCAUCCUUUGAACAUGGACAGCCCAUCCCCCGUCGUCGUUGCGAGAUCACCAUGUAGAACAGGCGGAUACUACAAGAACAAGUACAAGGACAAGGACAACGAGGGUAAUGUCACCUGGAAGGCUGUCAUAGAAGAAAUGUACGAGAACGAGAACAAGUACAAGCACGGUGAUCACGACGAUAAGGAGCCUACAGACGAAGCGUACGAGGAUAAAUGGAAAGACGCGUGGAAGGACGCGUUGGAGAAGUACAAGAACAAGAACAAGAGCAAGCACAAGCACGGGAAUCACGACGACGAGGAGCCCAAAGACGGAGCGUACAGUCACAAGAACAAGAACAAGAACAAGAACAAGAACAAGCACGGUGAUCAAGACGAUGAGGAGCCCUCAGACAAAACGUACAAGGACAAGUACAAGGAUGCGUGGAAGGACACGUGGGAGAAGUUCAAGAACGAGCAAAAGAACAAGUACAAGCCCCAUGGUGACAAGUACGCAUCAAAGUACAGGCCUGAAGAGAAUGGAGUCAAAGAAUCGACAAAGACCGAAUAUCCAGAGGAGGUUUCUUCAAAGGAUGACAAGAAGACCGAAACAACCCACAAAGGCGAGAAGUACAAGUCUAGCAAAAGCAAGAAUAACAAAGACGACCAGGAGGACUUGGAUUACUCAGCCCAAAAGAGCAAUAAGUAUGCAAUCGACCAUGACAGCGAGUCUCAAUUCGAAUCGAAGGUGGUGAAGUCUUUCGUUAAAAAUCCUAAGAACGGGAAAAGAAGCGAGAAAGAGAAGGCUCGCCAGGUCCUCAAAAACAACAGAGAUGGAAAGUCCAAGCAUGGUCAGGGCAGCAAAUACCCCGGGGUGAAAGGCAAAAAGAAGAAGACAAACAAGUCAGGCGGGCGUACGGUGUCUUUGUUAGAUAUUUUGACCGGGGGGAAAGGCCGGCUUCUAUUUAAGAUAUUCGAGAAGAAGAAGAGGCCCAAGUACAGGCCCAAGGGCCCCCAAGUACCUUCGCCAGGCUUCUCCGCCAAGCAUCACAAGAACGGACUAGCUCCCACCGAAGAGAAAGGAGUUCAGCAAAAGGCAAAGAUUUCGCCAAGAUGCGGGAUCCUACCAUUUUGGGCUUGGCUACUUAUUGGAGACAAGAUCGGAAGGAACAGGGAGGCAAAGAAGAAAAAUAAGCAGAUAAAGGAAUUGGAAGAAGCUAAGAAGAAACAGGCACAAAAGAAUGGACUACGCAAGGGCCCCCGCCUGAUUCCGACUUGGGUUACAGACCCCCUGGUUGAGAAGGAGAAGCUCAAAGAAAAAUUUCGAAAACUGCAAAAGGAAAAGCAGAAAAAGCCCUCGAGCAAGUUGAUACCCAACUUUGAUGGUGAAACCAGCAAGGUUCCCGUGAAAAAGCCCAUCAAGGAGAAGGAAAAUGUGAAAGAGAAGGUUUCUGCACCCAGCGGCAAAGAGUCAGAUUCGUCCGAGACGCAGCAAAAGAAGACCAAGGAGAACAAACAGAUGUAA